CUGGUCUAGGGUUAUUAUAUUUCUUCCCUCCGCGCUCUCUAGCUCGAGCUGAGCGCUUCUCAGAUCCCUGGAGAGGAAAUUUCUGAAAUCUCCAUCGCCAUCUCCAGGGGAUAUUUUUGGGGUAGGAAUGAGUGCUACAGCGCAUAGAACUCCCAGAUCAGGGAGGCAAUCUCUGCUUUUUCAGGAUUUAGCUUCACCAAUUUCUGCUCGGAGAGGAAGGUUCUCGACCCCGGGUCAAGCAGCUGCUGUAUCUGCUCUAUGGCGUGAAAAUUUUGGGGGCUCGGAUCUUCCGCCUCCUCCGAUGUAUACUUUGGAAGAUCGGUCGGAUUUCUCUCCCGAGUCUGGGAUUGCAGACUACUCGGCAUCGCCAGAUAUCAAGUCUGACAAAAGAUCACCUUUCCAGAGUUCUGGAAAGGAUGUCGUCACUCCGGCUAAAGGCAAUGGGAGCAUGUCUUUUUCUCUACUGAGUGCACAACAGAGUCAACAAGCUUCGGGCAGUUCAAAUUGGUGGUCGCCAUCAAAGGCUAGUAGUAGCACCGAACCGGAUGACAAGGGAAAGGGUUCUCCCGUCGAGGGAGUGAUUCAGCCUGGCACAUUGGUCACACUUCCACCACCGAGAGAAGUUGCUAGGCCAGAGGUGCAGCGGCAGAGCAUACCCACUGGGAACCUUGACGAAGAGGAGUGGGUCACUGUCUAUGGAUUUUCUCCAGGUGAUACAAAUUUGGUAUUGCGGGAGUUUGAAAAAUGUGGUAUGAUUUUGAAACAUGUUCCUGGUCCGAAGAAUGCCAACUGGAUGCACAUCCUGUAUCAGAACCGAUCCGAUGCACAGAAGGCUCUGAGCAAGAACGGGAUGAUGAUCAACGGGGUUGUAAUCGUGGGUGUAAAGCCAGUGGAUCCGAUGCAGAAGCAAACGUUGAACGAGCGAUUAAACAACCAGGGGUUCAUGCCUUUACCUCCACCCUCCAACAGAAGCUCCGAGUUCAACAGGUCGAGGCCCUCGUCCCGUCCCCAUUACGUUCAAAACGGCGGCAGCACGGUUGCGCCUCAGCCAGGAGGAGCCAUGGCCUCUCCGUCUAAAUCGCUCGUCUCGAAAUUCCUCGACCUUAUGUUCGGAGUUUAGCUUCUUCGUCCGCUUCUCCUUGGCUUAUACACACCACACGGUAUCGUAGGCAUUCUCGGGGGUGAUUCAUCUACAGAGAGAAGAAAAAUGUUGAAAGAGUGAAAUUACGAGAGAUCUCGGAAAUGUGUUUUGAACUGCUUAAUUGUUUUGUAUCGACAAUUGUUAUAUGGGUAAAUCGGAUGGUCAAAAUUUUAGGGAAUAUAUAUAUAUAUUGACCUGAAUUUGUUAUUUCA